UCAUUAAGUAAAGCAUCAAGUCUGAUCAUCAUCAUCCUAAACCAAAAACCUUUUCGAUUCAAUUAAACAAUCAAUCAUCUUUAUUCAAAAGAAUAAUGGCUACUAUUCAACAAAGAUUGGUGAUCGUAUCGAUUUUAUUGUUUUCCAUUAUUGAUAUUAUUUAUGGAGCACCAAAAGAACUUGUUGAUGAAUUGGAUGCUUCUCGUGAAAUUAUAUUUUCACAAGUUCCAAUGAGUAAUCUUGUACGUAAAUGUUUGGAUAAUAUUCCACUUAAACAUCGUGAACGAUGUUUAACCGAAUCAUUUGAACAAUAUGCAACCAGUUUAUAUCCACAGAAAACACGUUGUUGUACAAAAUGGUCACAAAUAGAAUGUUUAUCUAAAUAUACUUAUAAUAAUAUCUAUUGUAAUGUGCAUCAACAAGAAGCUAUUCAUCGUUUUUUCAAUCAAAUACGUAGUACAUCAGCUGAUGGUUCACCUGAAUGUGUUGAUUAUCGUCCGGUUGAAGAAGAGAUGCGAAAUUGGUCAUCUGAAUUAGGACGUAUACCUAAAUGUGCUGCAAAAAUUGAAUUUUUUGAUAAAAAUGAUUCAUAAAAAUCAUGUUGAUUAAUCCGGUGAAAAAUCAGAUGAUCAGAUUUUACUGUCAUUUUAUUUUUUUAAUUUA